AGCUGGUAAAGAGUAUCCAAACGUAUUUGAGUGGUCUCAAAAUGCAGUUCCACAUUCUACUAACUUUCAUUUUAAUUACUCUUAUUCGCAAAGAAUCUUUUUGCCAGCUGGACAAUGGCACUAGUACUGCUCUCAACACAAGAGCUUUUGUAAAAAAGGAAUGUGAUGGAGUAAAAACAUAUAUUUGUGAUUCUUGCACUUCGCGGAGGCCUUGCUUUGGCACGCAGGAAAUUGAAACGACAUUUACUUGUGGUACUGGUUUAUUCUGUAUCGAGGGUACCGCAUCUGAUCGAUGCGGACCAACACCUUCGGAUGUUUGUGUAACAUCAACAGAAAGCAGGCCGUUCACUUGCUCCGCUAGUGGACUUUUUCCAGAUCCCAACAACUGUCAGAACUAUCAUGUAUGUUUAGCCGCUAGUGAGUCCUCAACGGUGUAUACCUGUCCGCCGGGUUACGUCUUUAAUAUCGUCACUACAUCAUGCAUUCGUCAAAUAUCAGCAGCUAAUUGUGUUACGGUGUCCUGUCCAGUAGCAGUUCCUAGCUACGUUCUUUACGGCACGAGUAGAGUGUAUUACGUCGUAUGUGAUGGCGUUAAUCUACCCACCGAAGUAUUACGGUGUCCAAACGGCGCUCUUUUUACGUUUUUCUCUUCCAGUACGCGUUUCGGUGAAUGUGUAUACACUUGUUCAGGGCAGGGUAAUUAUCCUAAUAGCAACAAUCCUAGCUCCUAUUACCAAUGCUAUAUAUCUAAUGGUCGUUUGGUGUAUAACGAGCUCGAUUGUCCAUCAGGUACUAUAUUUAAUCAAACCCUGCGUUAUUGUACGAGGCAGUAAGCGUAUUUCAUUUCACGAGCAACUUAAUAUUUUUUUAAACAAUUUUUACCAAUAAUGCAUUGCAAAUCUUCGAAUUUUGCAACUAAAAAACAAUGAAAAUAUAAUUAAUUAAUUGAUUAAAUCAACUAGCAAAUUUAGACAACUAGCUCUAAUGGCUUCUCAUUGGUAUUUGUGAGAAUACAUUUUUCCCCAUUCAUCAA